AAAGAGAAGGAUAUGGAGGGAGACCGAAGCUUGGGCGCCACCCAAUGUGAUGACCACUCACGACUCUACGAAGCUUACAAUGAGCUUCAUGGGUUGGCUCAGGAGUUCGAGACACCGUUCGACGCGCCGGCAGUGCUGGUGGUGGGUCACCAGACCGACGGCAAAAGCGCCCUUGUCGAAGCCCUCAUGGGCUUUCAGUUCAACCAUGUUGGCGGCGGCACCAAGACCAGGCGACCCAUUACACUUCACAUGAAGUACGACCCUGAUUGUGAGUCCCCUCUGUGUUAUCUUGUCUCAGAUGCUGACCCUAUUCUGGCCGAAGAGAAGUCUCUUAUGGAAAUUCAGGCGUAUAUUGAAGCUGAAAAUGUGAGGUUGGAGCACGAGUCUUGUCAAUUUUCAGCUAAGGAAAUAAUUAUUAAAGUGGAAUAUAAAUAUUGCCCGAAUCUUACAAUCAUAGAUACUCCAGGACUUAUUGCUCCUGCUCCAGGUCGAAAGAAUAGAGCAUUACAGGCUCAAGCUCGUGCAGUGGAGUCCUUAGUGCGGGCAAAAAUGCAGCAUAAGGAAUUUAUUAUAUUGUGUCUUGAGGAUUGUAGUGAUUGGAGCAAUGCUACUACACGGCGUGUAGUAAUGCAGAUUGAUCCAGAGUUGUCAAGGACUGUAAUUGUCUCAACCAAGCUAGAUACUAGGAUCCCUCAAUUUGCACGUCCAUCAGAUGUUGAGGUUUUCCUUUCACCACCUGCAUGUGCCCUUGAUGGCUGCAUUCUGGGUGAUUCUCCCUUUUUCACAUCUGUGCCUUCUGGAAGAGUUGGUUCUGGAAGUGAUUCAGUAUACAGGUCCCAUGAUGAGUUCAAACAGGCGGUAUGCUUGAGAGAAGUCGAAGAUGUUACAUCUUUGGAGGAGAAGUUAGGCAGGCCAUUGUCGCAGCAAGAAAGAAGUAGGAUAGGUGUAAGCAAACUUAGGUCAUUCCUGGAAGAAAUGCUCCAAAAGAGGUAUAUGGAUAAUGUACCAUUGAUCAUUCCUCUUCUUGAGAAAGAGCACCAGAGUGUAACAAGGAGAUUGAAAGAUAUUAAUCAAGAACUGAGUUCCAUGGAUGAAGCCAAAUUAAAGGAGAAGGGAAGAGCCUUUCAUGAUCUGUUUUUGACCAAGUUGUCAUUGUUGCUUAAAGGGACAGUUGUUGCGCCUCCUGAUAAGUUUGGUGAAACACUACAGGAUGAACGAACAAAUGGAGGAGUAUUUGUUGGUACUGAUGGGGUGCAGUUCCCUUGCAAGCUAAUACCCAACGCAGGGAUGCAUCUCUAUGGUGGUGCACAAUAUCAUCGGGCAAUGGCUGAAUUUCGCUUUGUGGUUGGAGGAACCAAGUGUCCCCCAAUUACACGGGAAGAAAUUGUAAAUGCCUGUGGAGUUGAAGAUAUCCAUGAUGGAACAAAUUCUUAG